UCUCCUGAAGUGCAGCUCAGACGCCAUUUUGUUGCUGUUGGGAGAAAAUAAUAAUAAAAACUCCAACUCCAGGCGGAACCGGUGAGAUUAAUGAAGCCCAGCAUGGAGUGCUGAGUAAAAGAGUGUAAUUCAUUCCAGCAGAAAAGAUCAGCAUCUUCAGGAAUCAGCAGUGAGUCCAUGAGCUGUGUGUCCAUACACUAAUAUUCAAAAAUGGAGAGCCGUGAUCUGGACACAGAUAAUGUGACCCCACCCUCAGAAAAGCGUAAACUCCAGAUAAAGAAAUCCGACUCACCAGAACCCAGCUGUGUCUCCAUGAAGAGUGAUGCGUCUAUGGAUCCUCCUUGGCAUUUUAGACAUGGAGACUCCUCAUAUGUAUACAGUAAACUCCAGAUGAGGAGACCAGAACCCAGCUGUGUCUCCAUGAAGAGUGAUGCGUCUAUGGAUCCUCCUUUGCGAUUUAACAGUGGAAACCCCUCAUCUGUACACAGUGAUUUACAGAAGGCAGGAGAUGGAAGAGAAAAGAUCUUCAUCACAGAUACAGGACACGCCCCAGAAUCUGCUGCUGGAAAUGAAUUCCAGAAAAAGUUCAAAAUAAAUCUGAUGAAGAAGUUUCAGUGUUUAAAUGAAGUGAUGAUAAAGCAGGAAAAUCGAGUGCUCCUGAAUGAGAUCUACACAGAGCUCUACAUCACAGAGGGAGACAGUGGAGACGUCAGUAAAGAACAUGAGGUGAGACAGAUCAGGGCAGCAUCCAGGAGAAAAACAACAGAGGAAACGCCAAUCAAAUGCAACGACAUCUUCAAGCCCUUAUCUGAAGAAGACGAACCCAUCAGAACUGUAGUGACAAAGGGAGUGGCUGGUAUCGGAAAAACAGUCUCUGUGCAGAAGUUUAUUGUAGACUGGGCUGAAGGAAAAGUGAAUCAGGACGUCCACCUCAUAUUUCCACUUCCUUUCAGAGAGCUGAAUCUGAUGAAGGACCAAAAACUGAGUCUGAUGGAGCUCCUUCAUGUCUGUUUUAAGGAAACAAAAGAAACAGAAAUGUCCAUGUUGGAAAAGGUUUUGUUCAUUUUUGAUGGAUUGGACGAGUGUCAUUUCCCUCUGGAUUUCCAGAACACAGUGAGAGUGUGUGAUGUAACUGAAUCAGCAUCAGUGCAUGUGCUGCUGAUAAACCUGAUCAAAGGGAAUCUGCUUCCCUCUGCUCUCAUCUGGAUCACCUCCCGACCAGCAACAGCUGAUCAAAUCCCCUCUGAGUAUGUCCAUCGAGUCACAGAGGUACGAGGGUUCAAUGACCCUCAGAAGGAGGAGUACUUCAGGAAGAGGAUCACUGAUCAGUGCCUGGCUGAGAACAUCAUCACACACCUGAAGUCAUUAAGAAGCCUCUACAUCAUGUGUCACAUCCCAGUCUUCUGCUGGAUUUCAGCUGCUGUUCUAGAGAGAAUGUUGGGUGAAGCAGAGAGUGGAGAGAUCCCCAAGACUCUGACUCAAAUGUACACACACUUCCUCAUCAUUCAGACAAACAUCAUCAGAGGAAAGUACUCAGAGAAGCAGGAGAGUGAUGAAGAAAUGCUUUUCAAACUGGGAAAACUGGCUUUUCAGCAGCUGGAGAAAGGCAACCUGAUCUUCUAUGAGGAAGACCUGAGAGAGUGUGGCAUUGAUGUGACUGAAGCAGCAGUGUACUCAGGCGUGUGUACGCAGAUCUUCAGAGAGGAGGUUGGGCUUCACCAGAGUAAAGUUUACUGCUUUGUUCAUCUGAGCAUUCAAGAGCAUCUCGCAGCUCUGUAUGUGCAUCUGACCUUCAUGAAGAAAAAGAGAAAUGUUCUUGAUCAGAGCCAGUCCCAGACCAUUUCAGAUGUACACAGGAGCGCUAUAAAUCGGACUUUAACAAGUCAGACUAGACAUCUGGAUCUGUUCCUCCGCUUUCUUCUGGGUCUCUCACUGGAGUCCAAUCAGAAACUCUUACAUGCCUUAGUAACACAGACAGGAAGUAGCUCCCAGAGCAAAGAGGAAACAGUUCAGUACAUUAAGAAGAUGAUCAGUGAAAAUCUUCCUGCAGAAAAAUCCAUCAAUCUGUUCCACUGUCUGAAUGAACUGGGUGACAAUUCUCUAGUGGAGGAAAUCCAACGCUACCUGAAAUCUGGAAAACAAAGAGAACUCUCUCCUUCACAGUGGUCUGCUCUGGUGUUUGUGUUACUGACUUCAGCACAGGAGCUGGAGGAGUUUGACCUGAGUAAAUAUACCAGGACAGAGAAGAUACCAGAUUGGGUUCUUGUGAAGGUGAUGCCUGUGAUUGCAGCAUCCAGAAAAGCAAUUGUCAGAUGUGAUAGGAUUAAAUGUAGAAGCGCUGAAGCUCUGGUCUCAGUGCUCAACUCAGAAACCUCCAGUCUGAGAGAACUGCAUCUGACUGUGAAGACACUGGAUCUGUCUGGGAAUAAACUAGAAGACUCAGGAGUGAAGCGUCUCUGUGCUGUACUGGAGAAUCCUCACUGUAAACUGGAGACACUGGGGUUGUAUGACUGUGGUGUCUCAGAUGAAGGCUGUGCUGCUCUGAGUUCAGCUCUGAGAUCAAACCCCUCACACCUGAGACAACUGAGUAUCUCUCAGAAUAAUCUCAGAGAUUCAGGAGUGAAGCGUCUCUGUGCUGUACUGGAGAAUCCUCACUGUAAACUCGAGAAACUGAGGUUGAAGGAGUGUGGUGUCUCAGAUGAAGGCUGUGCUGCUCUGAGUUCAGCUCUGAGAUCAAACCCCUCACACCUGAGAGACCUGGAUCUGACUAAUAAUAAUCUGGGAGACUCAGGAGUGAAGCGUCUCUGUGCUGUACUGGAGAAUCCUCACUGUAAACUGGAGACACUGGGGUUGUCUGAUUGUGGUGUCUCAGAUGAAGGCUGUGCUGCUCUGAGUUCAGCUCUGAGAUCAAACCCCUCACACCUGAGAGAACUGAAUCUGUCUAAUAAUAAUCUGGGAGACUCAGGAGUGAAGCGUCUCUGUGCUGGACUGGAGAAUCCUCACUGUAAACUGGAGACGCUGGGGUUGUGGCGUUGUGGUGUCUCAGAAGAAGGCUGUGCUGCUCUCGCUUCAGCUCUGAGAUCAAACCCAUCACACCUGAGAGUACUGGGUCUGUAUUGGAAUGUAAUAGGAGACUCAGAAAAGAAGCUGCUCUCUGCUCUUAAGGAUGAUGAACGUUACAAACUCCAGGAACUCGAUUUCAGGUUGUGGUGAACAUCUGUGUGUGUAAUGAAGACUCUGGUGUUCCUGCAUUUCCAUGUUAGGGAACAGACAAUACAUUCAGUUCUAACAAAUGAAAGAGACUCGGAGACGUGGUCAGUGUGUGUUCAUGGUGCACAGUGAAUCAGACUGCACACAAUUCUACACUGAAUGUGGAACAACUUGUGAUCUGCAUGAAACUGCCUGGACCUCAGUCCCUUAAAAACCCUGAAAGAGCAGGUGAAAAAGCACAGGGACUCGAGCUGAACCCAGUCAGUGGAAGAGGGAGCUGAAAUGGACAGGAACACUUUCAGGACAUUGGUGGGAUUCUCACCUGACAGGAUCAGCAUUUGGGGAGUUAAUCUGAGGAAGCCCUGAGGAGACUCACAAGGCACAUUUAUCACUGUCCUUUGGUUGGCAUUUAACAUCCACUCACUGAGCACUUUAUUAGGAACACCUGGAUGGUGUACUUGGAUGGAAAAAAUGGAUUUCUAUCAAAAUCAAAUCGUAAAAGUUUCAUUUUCAGUGUCUAUAUAAUUUGCGAUUUAUUAUAAGUGUAAAUACUUUGUCACUUGUCCUGUUCCGUAGUGGUUUGUGUUUGUCACUGUUACUCAGCAAUACUCAGGUUUUUAACGUGUCUUCAUAUAAAUUCUGAUUGUUUCUGAUGCCAACACAUGUUUAGUCCUCCUUAACGCUGCAUUCAGUCAUGUAACUGUGGAUAGAUUUUCCUAAAAAUAUGCCACAGUAUUUAGAAAUUGGUGUAAAAAAGAAUUAAACAGUUGAACCAGGGCAUUAAAAAUAAAUGGUGGGACGAAUGGCUAAAAGAAGUUAAAUAUGUUCAGCCACAAGAAACAUGGCGUCAGAAACUUAUUGACAAGUCUGGAGUUGUGAUUUGCCUUUGAUGUAAUGAGGAAAAGACCUACAGCCAGAACGGAAAGAAGGUGCUUUUAAAGCAUGCAAACGAUGAUCAAAAUGAUGAAAAAGCCAUUGGUCAAGAGGCACUCACUGUUAGGGUGGGUGGAGGUGUGGUGGAAUUAGGAUCCAAAAGCAGAACAGACAGUAAUCCAAUAAAUAAGAUGAUUUAAUCUAGAGAAGAAAGGGCACGGCAAAAAGGUAAACAAACAGGACAAUAAACAAAUGGCAAAAAUAAUCAGGGCAAAAAGAGACAAACAACUUGACAAAAACACGAGACAGGCAAACACAAAAACACUAGUGCAAAAAAACAUGAACCAGAUAAGUAACUAGAGAGAAAAACCAUGAGAAGCAAGGGCAGCACAGAAAUGGCUAGAGUAGCAAAUGAACUGUUCAAAUGUUGGUUCAAAUGUUCAAAACUGUUUAAACUGUUUAAAUGUAUGGCCUUUAAAUAAGCAGCAGUGGAAACCAGGAAGUAAGUUCAGGGGAGAAGGAAUUCCUGUCCCGGAUCCAGGACAGGAAAGAACUAAAGACCAGAGGCUUAAGCUGUGACACAUGGAACGUGGGGUGGAUGCGUCACGUGGUGAGUGGUAGUGCCAGUCUGACGGAACAUGGGUUGAUUACCUUUUUGAUGAGGAAGGGUCCUAGGUACCUGGGAGCCAGCUUGCGGGAGACGGUUCUGAGUGGCAGAUGGCGUGUGAAGAGCUUGACUCGUUGCCCCACCCGGUAAGUGGGCGCCUUAGAGCGUCGUUUGUCGGCCUGCCUCUUGGAUGCUAGGGCGGAGCGAAUGAGUUUCCUCUGGACCAAUGCCCACGUCCUCCUGCAGCGGCAUAUGAAGGUCUGGACUGAGGGUACAGCGACGACCUCCUCUUGGUUGGGGAAGAGUGGUGGUUGGUAACCUAGGGAGCACUGGAAGGGUGAGAGACCUGUGGCAGAUGAAGGAAGAGGGUUAUGAGUGUACUUGAUCCAGGGUAGGUACUUACUCCAAGAACUGGCAUCCCUGGACGCCAUGCACCUGAGUGCAACCUCCAAAGCCUGGUUUGCCUGUUCUGCCUGGCCGUUGGUCUGUGGGUGGAAGCCUGGAAGUGAGACUACAGGUGGCCCCAAUGAGUUUGCAGAAGGCCCUCCAGAACUGUGCAGUGAACUGAGGGCCCCGGUCAGAAACGAUGUCAGUAGGUAGUCCAUGUAGGCCAGUGUUGUUUUUGGCAGCCGUUUUUGAUUUAGUUUUAGUCUUUUGGACAAAAAUGCUUAUUAGUUUUAGUCACAUUUUAGUCAAUUUCAUCCUUGAUAGUUUUGGUCUCGUUUUAGUUGACGAAAACUAAAAGGGUUUUUGUCAAUCAUUUUAGUUGAAAAAAUAAUUACUUUAAAACAUUAAAUGAGGCCAAUACAGAGAUAAGAAAUUGUAAUCGAGGUUGACAGGUUGUGCAUAACAUACUCUCAAAACACUGUCUCAAAACAAACUUGUUUCACUUGAACUUUAAAAAGUAUGUCAAAUAUUAGGGUUUAAUAAUCGAUGACAAUCUUUCUUCGAAGCCUCAUAUCAAUUUUUUUUGCAACAAAAUAAGCAAGGUUGUCGGCCUUUUGGCCAAGCUUAGACAUUUUAUUCCACUACAUACCCUUAUGACAUAUCGCUCUCUGACUCAACCUUAUUUAACAUAUGGUCUUAGUUCUUGGGGACAGGCUUGUAAAACUCAUAUAAAUAAAGUAUUAAUCCUACAAAAACAAGCUUUAAGAUGAAUCCAUUUUGUUGAUAAAGUGCCCUUCCAUUGUUUUCCAAAACCAAUAUUUUACCAGUAAAUCUUUUCUAUGAAUGUAUUUCUAAAUUAAUGUAUGACAUUGUUAAUCAAAGUGCACCCUCAAACAUUUGUAAAUUAUUUUCUUCUAUUUCUAGUAUCCAUUCUUAUAACACUAGGUCAUCUUACUCCAAGAACUUAUAUACUCAGUAUUCUCGUACAAAUCUACAAAAGAACUCAUUUUCCUGUGUUGGUGUUAGGGUAUGGAACCAGAUUCCAACUUCUAUAAGAUCUUCGUCUAAAUUGUCAUUCAAGAAAAAAAAAAGUCAGACACCACCUUUUUUCUGAUUUAAGUAGAUAUGGAUAUGAUGUUGACAUCUCCAAACUCUUUCUUUCUACAUAACUUUAUAUAUAUCUUAGUUUUAACUUUAAAUAUUAUUUAAUACCCUGCAUGAAUUAUUAGUAUAAGUA